AUAUUAAAGUGGGCCACAUUCCUCACUGGGAUGUUUUUUUUUUAAACUAAAAUCCAAAGCAACAAACACAUUAUUAGUCGAAUUUUCUGACUUUUCUUCCCCUCCGAACCCUCCUUUCCUUCAUGAGAACCAGCAGUAAACAGGCUGUAAGCGCGGCUCCGCCUGGAUCUCAGGCUGGAAACUCCUCCCCAGAUCACAUGUGAGGCGAGGGAAAAGGUUCAGGGUCUGCAAUGUGCCUUCGCUUCAUGACAGCUAGUAGUUUUAUUUCAUAAAGUGGUGAACGGCUUCUGAAUGGAUGUUUGUGCUUCCAGCAGAUAGAUCGAGAGUCGUUUGCAGGUUCAACCAAGCAGCACAAUGGUGGACUGGGACUAUGACUAUCUGAUCAAGCUGCUGGCGCUCGGCGACUCGGGCGUGGGAAAGACCACCUUCCUCUACAGGUACACGGACGGCAAGUUCAACAGGAAGUUCACGACCACGGUGGGAAUUGACUUCAGAGAAAAGAGAGUGGUUUACACGGGAACCGGUGCUGAUGGGACGAGUGAGAGGAACUUCAGAGUCCACCUCCAGCUCUGGGACACAGCGGGUCAGGAGAGGUUUCGCAGCCUCACAACGGCUUUCUUCCGAGAUGCAAUGGGCUUCCUGUUAAUGUUCGACUUGACCAAUCAGCAAAGUUUCAUUAACGUCAGGAACUGGAUGAGUCAACUUCAGGCCAACGCGUACUGUGAUAACCCAGAUGUGGUGCUGGUGGGCACUAAAGCAGACAUCAGAGACACGAGGAACGUGAACGCCAAACUGGCCAGAGAGAUGGCUGACAGAUACGGCAUCCCCUACUUCGAGACGAGCGCUGUGUCGGGAGUGAAUGUGGACGCCGCUGUGCUCACCCUGCUGAACCUGGUGAUGAAGAGGAUGGAGCAGAGCACGUAUGGGGCUCCCGGCCCUGAACCCAACGGCAGCCCCACGGCCAGCCAUGAGGUGGAGGAGGCCCCCAUCAGGAGGUGGUGCUCCUGUUAAUGUUCCCAGCAGCAGCACCAACGGCGUAGGAGAAACAGACUUUAAAAAGAUUUAUUGGAAUCUCUCAUAUUUCUUUUGGUUUCUCUUGUAUCAAGAACAGAAUAAAUUACUUUUGUCAGUUUG